UUGAAGAAGAGUUAGAUCUCUAGUCUGGUUCUAGGUCUCUAGACUCUAGAUCUAACUCCAGACUAUAAAAUAAUUAAUAUGAAUCGAGCCAGAAUGUGAUUUGCCUCUAGAUCUCUAGGCUAUAGAGAUAAUUAUUUCCAAAAUGUUUAAAUAAAUUACUCUAGAAAUAGAAUGUUACAGUUACAGACUAGCACUAGUCACUAGAUUCGGUAAUCUAUCGUUUUGGUUAACACAUAACAGCUUUAAAAUGAAUGAAACAAUAUUAAAUGCUGCUCUGUCAUCGAAUGUCAGCGAUGUUUCAUUUGACCAUCUUUAUCGAGCUAUCAUCCAAUGUUUUGUCAUCAUACUAUCUGGCUACAUAGCUGGAAGGGCUGGACUUAUCUCACCCAAUCAAAGUUCAGGAAUUGGAACAUUUGUCUCCAAGUUCUGCCUCCCAGCUUUGUUGUUCAAAAGUAUGUGUGAGCUCAACUUUUCUGAGGUGAACUGGAUGUUUCUUGUAGGGGUCCUUAUAGCAAAAGUUUCAAUAUUUAUUGUGGUUGGGCUGGUGACACUGUUAGUUAAGCGGCCACUAAAUCUGGGAUAUGCAGCUAUAUUUGGUAUCUUUGCCACACAAAGUAAUGACUUUGCUCUGGGUUACCCAAUAGUACAAGCAUUGUAUGGGAGUACUCACCCAGAGUACCUGAAGUACCUCUACCUUAUUGCUCCCAUUUCCCUGGUCCUGUUAAACCCCAUUGGCUUCAUCCUUAUGGAGAUACAUAAACAUCGCACUGUGCGUGAUGACUCAAGCGGCUCUAAAGUUGGCACAGCCCUGAUGCACGUUGUCAAGGGGAUUUUUUUAAACCCCAUUGUUUUCAUGACUGCAAUAGGUGUUAUAGGGAACUUCAUCUUCUCUGGCUCUGUUCCUAUCAUUUUAAAUGACAUUCUCACUGUGUUGGGAGAUGCUUACAAUGCUUCUGCACUAUUCUACUUGGGUUUGAGUAUGGUAGGCAAAGUCAGAAGUCAACUGGGAAUAGGGCUAGUGGUACCCGUACUUCUAAUCACAGCCAAAACCUUGAUUCUCCCCCUUGUUACAUGGGAAGUGGUUGGGUGGCUUGAGAGUGGAAAUGGAUCAACAUCGUUCAGCAUGUAUGGUUUUCUUUAUGGUACUUUCCCAUCAGCACCCUCUGUGUUUUUAUAUGCAAGUGACUAUGGCAUCGCAGAAGAUGUGAUUGCCACUGGUCUGGUGCUAGGGACAUUUUUGUCGGCUCCUCUGAUGUUUGUGUCUGCCAAAAUGAUCACUCUGAUUGUAGUGACUGGCACUGACUACCAAAACAUCCUCAGUGACACAUCAUUAGAUGUCAGUAUCAUCAGCAUUACCUGCUGUCUGUGGGUGAUGGGUCUGUUUUUUGUGAGUGGCAAGUGGAGGAGGAUACCUCAUCGCUUUACCAUAGCCUUCAUGUUCUCUCAUAUACUUGCCUGUAUUGGGAUGAUAACUUUCUACUACCACGGAGACUCACAAGGCUGGCACCACUACCCCAUCAUUAUCCUUCUUCUGGUGGGGGUCUUCUCAACACGCUGUUGGACUGCUGCUAUUGCUGUUGCUCUUUGUAUGCUCCACAUACGCAGCCUGUGCUUUGUCCUGCGCAAACAGAUCUGGUUCUAUUUCUUGGGCUUUGGAGUUCCUGUUUUUGUGACUGGCAUUAUUUUCCUAAUGGGAUCACAUGACUUGGCUGGUGAGAUUGAUCCAGCUUUCCAUUAUGGUUCCCUGCAGACUGCCUUUUCCCUGGUGAUCCUCUCACUAUCUAUUAUCAUGACCAUCUCCUGCCUGGUCUGGUGGCAAAGGAUGGAGAGGCAUGCACUACACCAGCAGGCUGAGAGACUCCUCCAGAGGCAAAGCAGUGUGGCCAGUGCAAGGGCAGCCAGGCAGUCACUGACAGACAGACAAGACAGCUGUAUUGAAAGUGAUAAGCAGCCAAUCAUUGAGGAAGAAAAUGAUUUGUCGGUUCAGGAAACUGCUGACAUGAAACCCAGAGUUCGUGGAAAUUAUCAAACUUGCAACGAAGUGCAAACUUUGAAAAAAGCAACUAGCAUAGAAGAUCUGGUCCCCUACAUGGAGAAAUACUCAGACAACGUGUACAGUGAGUUUGAGGCGAAUGGAGCAGAAGCCAUGGAAGCCAUAUCAGAGAGGACCUGUCUGCUAAACCAGUGCAGCACAGAGCAGCGUCAUGCUUGCAUGGACAGGCUCAGGUCCUACACCGCCAAUGUGCUGGUCAAUGGGGACUCCCCGCAGGAGGAAGAGAUGAAGUCCGUGAAGGAGCUGAAUAAAGAGGAAUAUCAAACAGUCCAUCACAUGAUACUGCUGUUACUCUUGCUGUUGUCUAUGUUCAUUGGUUUGUUUUUGUGUGGUUGGCGUAUAUUUGAGAGUCAGCCAACAGGCAUUUAUGUGGAGAUUGAGUUUCUUGAUUGUGUUUUUAACUAUGGACAGGGUCUGUUAGUUCUAAUGGUAUUUGGAUUUGACACUCGACUUGUUUUUUCACCAAUAAUUAGAAGGAAAAUGUCUAAGUAUAGAUGGGUUUAUGCUGUUUAUGUUAGGCUGCGUCGUCUACUGUUUGGAGCAGAAGUGCUGCGUCUGCCAAAACUGAGUGAGUUGGAUGCCAGCACUAAACAAACCUGCCAACAGUUUGAAGAGUAUCACAAGGAGAACUGUGCUAAGGAAAUUGUCAGAGACAGAAGAUUUAGGUUCCGCACAUUCCAUCAAGUUUUCACUGGCACUGCUUUAUGUGAUUGGCUGCUGAGGGCUGGGCUAGCAUCUGACAGAUCUGAGGCAAUAGCCUAUGGACGCCAUCUGGUUCUGGGCAGGGUAAUCACACAUCUCACUAGUGAACACAACUUCCAUGAUGCUCCAUACUUCUAUAAAUUUCUUGAUACAUUUGAGUAUAUGGCUUGUUGAUGAAAGCUUGCUUUAAUUCUAUUUAUUUAUUCAUUUCCCUGUUCUUUAAGAAAGAUUUUUGACAAGUUCUUGUUUAUAGGUGUUUACAGUUUUUACUGUAAUAAUUUUCUGGUGGAAAAUAAUUAAUUGAGCAUACAAUUUUUAAAAAAUUUCUUUGAGUUUUUACUGCAAUAAAUUUUAAUGCACAAAAUAAAUGAUUCAGCAAAUGUGAUUUUUUUUAAAAAAUCUCCAUGACAAGUUGCAAACAUAAAAGUAGUGACUAGUGAAGUAUGUUUAAUUUCUCAAAGCACUACUCCACAAUUUAUUUUAGUGCACUAGGUCUUGUACAUUACACAUAAGUUACAUAAAGAGAUUUUAUUUAAAUACUUGUUUCAAACGUUAAUGUUGCCAUGUUGUUGUAAAGAGAAUUAUAAUAGUUCUGUAUUUUAAUUUGCUUUGCUUAUAAUAUAGACAGGUCACAGGAGCUAAUAAAUGGACCAUUUCUAAAAUAUACAUAACUGCUUUUAAUUUCUAGUAAUAUAUUUUUAUAUUGAUCCCAUAUCUCAUUUGUAAGUAUCUUAUUUGUAAGAGUGCUAACUAUUAGAAAAUAUAAAAAUAGCCAAUAUUUUUAAAGACAUUUUGCUAAGCAAAUGUUAUCUAUUUUACAGGGUUGUUUUAAAAAAACAAUUUCUGUAGGAUCCACUUAUCUACAAAUACACUUUGUAUCUUAAUAUCUAUACUUGCUAAUUAAUAUAUAACUGUUUUUGCUUAUUGCGUAUUUAUACAUUAUUUGAGCUUGUCACAAGUGGAAAAUUUGUGUUGAAAUACUUGACUGUUUGUGAUAAGAUAGAGUUUCAUUAACCAGAUGUAGAAAGUGGGGUGAUUCAGAUUUUUAUUUACUUCCUCCCACUUAAAUCUGAUCAUGGAGUCAUGGUUUAUGUUGUGUUGAUUAGUUCUUACCAUCAUUGAUAGAUAUUAUUUUAUAAAAUAUAUUAUUUUAAUUCUUAUUACAUAAAGGUUAACUGCACUAUAUGUAUUAUUUUGCUGAGAAUCUUUAGUCUUUUGACAAUAUUUAAGAAGGGAAAAAAGACAAUUUAUUUCACUUCAUUUUCUAUAGAGUUUUGUUAACUAAACUAUUUUUUUUACUAAACUAUUCAGGGUUUUUAUUUAAAGCUCUCAAUAAACUGAGAUUAAAAUACAAUAGUAAAUUACUAUUAUUUGUAUUAAAUGUAAUUCAAUUAACUUACAAAGCUAUAUUUAUUUAAAAGUUAAGGCAUUAUACUUUCCUUGUUAUGUCUUUAAUAUUAUAACUUAACCUUUCAAAGGCUAUUUUUUUAGUGCUUAUCACCACUAUGUUUUAUUAUUCGUGAGUCCCAUCUAGUCAAGUUACUGUGAUAUUAUCUUCACUGAAAUAUAUAAUGCUUGCUUACAUAUCAAACAAUAAACUUUAGAAAACAAACAUGAAAUAACCAAUGUUUAGUUAUUUUACUCAAGGGCUGUUAUUAGUAUACUAUUUUUAAGUUAUUACUCUUUCUUUAUACUGUAUAUUUGUUUUAUUCAAACACUGCCUAUACAUGUAAGGUGUGUGUUAGAAUGAUAAUGUAACCUUUGUUUUAGAUUAUUGUUUUAAUAAGGAAUUUAUUGAGGUAUUGUGAUAAAAUAUCAAGGUUAAAAACUAAAAACCUCAUCUGUAUGUGCCAUAUUGUUUAAAAACCAAUUUAAAACUCCCCAUUGUUGAUUAAAUUUAAAAUAUCCAUUUUUAUGUAUUGAGAAAGUAUGAAUAUUUGUUAUAAAUGAAUAAUUGUUACUGUACAUAGAUUUAUAUGUAAUAAUAAAAAUAAAAGAAUAAAGGGAAGAAAACAAAAGAUUUUU